AUGCGAAGAAAUACUUCAAAGCCAUCAACACUAGCUCACAAUCAUAUGGGUUCCCAUUUUACUUACAAGUUCUUCAAUCACAUUGUUCCAGCAUUAAUUGCAUUAUCAUCGGUAAUACUAUUGGGUAUGGCCCUUAGUGGUCAAACAAGAGGAAUGAGACAACAAGCUGAUAUUUAUCUUUUGAAAUUUGAUUUCUCAGAUAUUAGAGAAAAGAAUGUUUUCAUAUCAACAAAUCCAUCAUUUUACAGCUUAUAUUAUGAUUUAAGAUACCGACACUUUGCAAUUGGUCCAUGGGGGUAUUGCAAGUCAAAAUACAGUGCUUUUUCAUCAUGGAACACUUAUUGUUAUUCAAGAAAAGCUCCUUAUCAGUAUGAUCUUUAUGAACUUUUAGAAGAUGAUGCUAUAUUAUAUUCAAAUCGGAAAUAUAUUGAUUAUAUUGCAUUACCAGAGAAUACUCAAAUCCCUCAAAAUAUGGUUGAUACUAUUUUUGUUACUCUUUGGAUUAGUACAGUGACUGCUGGUGUUUCAUUAUUGUUUUAUUUCCUCUCAUUCAUAACAACAACCAGAGAUAAACCUGGAUGUACUAAUAUUUUACUCACUUUAAUAUCAGCUAUUGCUUCAUUUAUUUGUGGUGGUGUUGCUAGAGGUAGUUCUUCCAAAAUUAUCAAAACUUUGGAAAAAACUCACAAGAUAUUUGGUAUUACAGCAACUUUAGGGAAUAAAAAAUUUUAUAAUCACCUUUGGGCUGCAGGAGCAUUACAAAUAUUCUCAGUUUUAUUUGUAUUGUUUGUGGAUUAUAAGCUUGCAAAAGCUAUAGAGAAUGAACCAGAUGAAGAAUCAACUCCUCAAACUUCACCACCAAGAUCAGAUCCUACACCAACCACACAACGUCCACGUGAAACGAUCCCACAAAGACCUAUAAGAUCACCAGCUCCAGCAAAUGUAUCAAUAUCAAUCAGAGUGAAUAGACCUGCAACAGUGGAAAUUGACCAACCACCAAGAUAUGAAGAGAUCGAUGAUCAUCAUCCUCCAAAACCUCCUCCUUUUACUCCAUGACCAAACCCA